AUGGAGAAACAUAAUACGCUGGAUGUCGCGUCGUCGACCCGGGUCACCACGGGCGGUGGAGCAAGCAGCAAACUAAAGCGAGCAUUUUCAAUGCCGCGCAAUCCAUUUCAAGGUUCGCGAGGAAGUCACCAAACAGUUAAAGCGGUUGGCAAUGGCAAUGGUAUUUCUGCAGGCGAGAAGGAUGACGAAUCACGUUGUGAUUCGAGGUUGCCUAGCAGCAAUCAGAAAAAACCGACGGCAACUACCGAAGGAGGCGCUGGAACUGGUACCAAUGGUAGCGGAAGUGAGAAAAAGAUCUUCCGCCGAUUAUCAGUGAAAAAAUUUAUCAAUCGCAUUGCACAACAGAUGACUUAUGUCAAUCGCUCGGUGGGUAAUCAUAAAUUCGACAAGGUACAAUCGUCACAACCGUCCACGCUCAAUGGAUCGACAAGGACAGGCAGUGGUGGUACGGCAGCUGGCGGUAAUGGAUCGGCGGGAAAUUUCGUGUGGCCACCAGAUACCGUGCCGGGUGUGAUAGGAUUGCGGAACCACGGUAAUACUUGCUUCAUGAACGCCGUCUUGCAGUGUCUCAGUCACACGGACAUACUGGCUCAGUAUUUCGUUUUGGAUCUUUACAAGGCCGAUUUAAAACGACGUAACAAAAUUAAUGCCAAAAAAUUCGGUACUAAGGGCGAACUAACGGAGCAGCUGGCUUUGGUGCUAAAGUCAUUGUGGACGUGCAAAGAUGCUCCGGACUAUAGCUCGAAUUUCAAGGCUGUGGUCGAUCGCUACGGAAGUCAAUUCAGAAGUUCUACGCAGCAUGACGCACAGGAGUUCCUAUUCUGGCUGCUGGACAAGGUGCACGAAGAUUUGAACACGGCAACGAAGCGGAAGUACAAAGCUAUUAAAAACAACGGUCGUUCCGAUGAAGUGAUCGCCGCGGAAACGCUAGCAAACUAUGUGCGCUGUAACAAUUCGUUCGUACAGGCCGUUUUCCAGGCCCAAUUUCGCUCUUCGCUGUCCUGUCCGACGUGCGGCAAGCAGAGUAAUACGUUCGAUCCGUUCUACUGUCUGUCGGUGCCACUCCCACAGCUGUCUCAACAGCCUGUGCUAGUUAAGGUCAUCUAUUCCUCACAGCAACCGAAACAGGUUAAGCUGGGCUUGGGCAUACCGCACGGUUCGCCCGUGCUGGCAUUACGUGAGCAGUUGCAUGCGGACACGGGUAUAGCGCUCGAUCGGAUGAUACUAACCGAAAUCUGUGAGUCUGGUUUUAGUCGCGUGUUUUGUGAUUCCCAUCUGAUGUCCUCCGUGCGUGAAAAUGAUCCUCUUUACUGUAUCGAAUGUCCAACUGCUAGCGCUGGACAGGAAACAACCAGCGGAACAAAAAUUGUGCUCUGUCUGUGCAACGGAAAACGAGACUUUGGUGGACACGUGAAGCGCUUCGGUACCCCGUUCUGUUUGAUGGUCAACCGGGACGUUUCGUACAGCGAGCUGCAGAAGCUGCUGUUGAAAGAGAUGUCUAGCAUUUUGCGUUCGGAGGUAUUCACGUUUGCGACACCGGCUCAGAAUCUGUUCCGCAUGCGCUUGCAAGACCCAUCCUGCGAUGCGGACACCUACCUGGAGGCAACGGUGGAGCAUCCACUAUUUACGGAAAUGAUCGAUCUGGCUCUUUCAGUGUUACCGACGGAUGCGGGUCCAGCGCACGUAAAGCUGCUGUUGGAGUGGACAGAACCGGAACGAUUUUUCAACGACAUGGGAGAUCCGUUCGUGGAGCACGAAAGUGUAAGCCAGAUGAAGGAGAAAAUUCCGGCGAGUUCGGCGCUAACACUCGAGCAGUGCUUCGAACAUUACACCAAGGCGGAAACGCUCGGUCAAGAUAAUGCGUGGAAGUGUCCACACUGUCAGGAGUAUUUGCCGGUGGUGAAAACGCUCGGUCUAUGGUCGCUCCCUGACAUAAUGGUGAUACAUCUUAAGCGUUUCCGGCAACAGCAACUCCGUGCCAGUACGCAGGCAGCCAAGCUGACAAACCUGGUGAAAUUUCCGCUGCACGGUUUUGAUAUGACACCUCACUUGGCGCGUGAUCCCGCUGCCCGCCAGCAAUCGUCGCACCCGUCGCAAACAUCCAAUAGCGCCUCCACCCAAAACCAACAACAUCAUUCGCUGGAGCGACAGCAAAGUACGGGGUAUGCCGAUACGGAUAAUUGGAGCCCGUGGCGCAAAAUUAUGCGCAGUGCCCAUUCCACACAAACACAUUCCAUGCUAGUGGGAGGAGGUUGUGGAGGAGGAACCGGUCGACGUCAGCUUGCAAUGGAUAACCGGUACGAUCUGUACGCGGUGUGCUAUCACCAAGGUGACACACUGGAGACGGGUCACUAUACUGCCGCCUGCAAGAAUCCAUACGAUGGCCAGUGGUAUCGUUUCGAUGACCAGCGUGUCUCCCAAGUGCCGAACGAUCGCAUCGACGAAGAGAUUAUCAACAACGAGGCUUACCUAUUGUUUUACCAAAGACGAAAGCUUCCAUCGGACGGGUCGGGCGAGUGUUCCGGCAGCUCUAGCUCCAGUUCCGGUGAUCAUUGGGUCUCGAAAAUCAUUGUCCCACCGCCAACAAACGGAUCAUCCACUGCAACGUUAGAGCGAAACAAAGCACAACCAACAGCUGUGGUGAUAACCAAACCACCGUCGACAGCGGUAUCGACGACAGAGACAACCACAACACCGACUUCCUCGUCCACAACUUCCUCCGGAAACGCAUCAGAAACCGCAGCCAGUAUUUCCCCCGAUACCGAAUCUGGAAAAUUGCCCGACGAAUCAUCCAAAGCGAAGGAUACUGUGGAUGUUAUGUCUAUAUCUUCGACGAACGAAAAAAGUCGCAAGGAGAAGUCCGAAAUGGAGGAAGAAUUCGUUCGUCCGGAUGAAGUUAAAGAUUCUCCUGGGAAAACGAAAGAAAAAGCUCAAGCAGAACCAAUCGUCAAUGUGGUUAAAAGUGAUCAACAAUCCUCAUCACCUUCACUAUCAUCGCCAGUUGUUGUGCCAACGGAAAAGCAAGAAACCGUCGCUCCCGAAGCCAAAGAAUUAAAGAAAUGUAUCGACGAAGCGACCAAACAAUCUUCGGAAACACCGAACGUGAACAAACCAUCCAACAUUAGCAAGGAAGUGACAGAGCAGUCUUCUAAAAAAGUUCUGCUGGAAGCAUAUGAUCAAGCUUCUAAAACAACCGAAGAUGGUGGUGGUCCAGCCAAGGUACAAUUCCCAACUCGCGCAGAUAAACACGAAAGGGCGAUUGAUCCAAAGCUGGGUCUAGCGUCGACUGCUACCAAUGGAGGUAGUCGCUUUUCGCUCCCAUCCUCCCAACAGUUCCAGGAUAUUUUGUGGCGUGAGAAUAUGUCCGAAUUAAUACACCAUCGACCGUCGUCCUUUACCGCAUACAAGAGCGUGCUCGAUGCGGGUGAUGCAGUUUCAUUGAUUCGUGGUGCAAACACGUGCAGUAAGGACACGUUGCUGUUUAUCGAUCAGCAGAACCAUGGACUCGAUCGUGCGGUGCUGGACGAUGAUGAUGAUCCGGACGAUCUGCUUCCUCCGGGUAGCGGAAGUCGCGCUUUGUGGAUUUCCCCGGUUACGCCACAUAAAUUGAUAACCGUGUCACCGAAGAAUUAG